AUGUCGCCACGUAGAUAUGCCAUCGGGACGGCAAAUGAAGCCACCCAUCGGGAUUUUGCAUGCACCACCUUGUCGGAGUACCUUUCAGCCUCCGUCUUCGUUUUUGUUGUCGAAGGCUCCGUCCUUGCUCUUAAGAAAGCAUACGGUGGUGAUGUGUUGGGAGCGAUGACAAAUGUGUUGGUGGUAAUAGCCACCACACUGGCAUUGUUUGUCCUCGUCUCAUCCAAUUUAAACAUAUCCAGUGGACACAUAAAGCCAGCGAUCACUUUUGGUACACUCGUCACUGGAAGAGUCUCGUUGGUUCGAGAACUCUACCACUGGGUGGCUCAAUUGAUUAUAUUUCUUUUCCCUAGAGUCUCGUUACUUCGGCCAACUACCGUCGGCAUGGGACUCGAUACAUGGACGAAAACCAUUGCAAACCAAAGUGACUAA